CUUCAGGCCUCUACUGCCAUGGUAUCUGAUGGCUACGGAAUGCUGAAAGUGAUCCUGGCUUGCACGGGCGUCGCCUGGUACACGUUUAUAUUUUCCUUGUGCCUGCUGGGAUGCGUCGCCGCCCGCAAGCGGUACAGAAAUCGCCCGCUUUCGGCCCUUUCAACAACUGAAACCUCUUCUGUUCCUGGAGUGUCCAUACUGCGACCUUUGAAAGGCCUUGAUACAAACCUCUACGAGAACUUGGAGUCCACAUUCACGCAGGAGUACCCAAAUUUUGAAAUCUUCCUGUGUCUGGAGGAUGAGCAGGACCAGGCAUUCUCGGUAGUGCGGGACUUGAUCGAGAAGUAUCCGAACGUGAAUGCGCACAUCAUCAUAGGGGAGGAGGUUGUGGGAGUCAACCCAAAAAUCAACAACCUCGUCCGCGCGUACCGUGAGGCUGCAAACGAUAUACUAUGGGUUCUCGACUCCAACGUUAUGGUUGCGCCAGGCACCUUGACGCGAUCCGUCGAGGCCCUUGACGGUCCCGCUGACUUCGCGACUCCCUCUUCUCGUCGCCGCAUUGCGCUCGUGCAUCACGUCCCCUUCGCCUGGUCAAGCGAAUUCUCGCUUGGUUCUCGCAUCGAGGAAGCAUUCCUCAAUACUAAUCAUGCGAAGAUGUACAUUGCCAUCAACACGGUGGCGAUUGACUCUUGUGUGAUGGGAAAAUCAAAUCUAUACCGCCGCUCCGAUAUCGACCGGGUGGACGGCUCUCUCAAACCGAUCGCGAACGCAGCGGAAGGUGGCAGCCACGGCAGCCGGGGAGGCACGAGAGGACUAGCAGCAUUCGGGCGCUUCCUAGCGGAAGACAACAUGAUUGGUGGUGCUCUCUGGCAUGAGCUCGGCGUGCGCCACGAUCUCUCAUGCGAUGUCGCUCGAAAUGCUGUAGGAAACAUGACCGUAGCCGACUACUUCUGGCGACGCGUGAGAUGGGUGCGCGUGCGCAAGCAUAUGGUCCUCGCUGCGACGCUUAUCGAACCAUUCACGGAGUCUGUCGUGGUCGGAAUCUUGACUUCUAUCUGCUUGCGAUACUUGUUCGGAAUACCCAUUUGGUUGUUCCUGCCGAUUCACUUCCUGCUGUGGCUCACUAUUGAUUUGGACGUAUGCGCUUCGAUUGCGAACCACGCCGUACCCGCUGCAAACCGCUGGCUGUUUAUUGGAGCUUGGGCUGCCAGGGAGCUUUUGGCCUUUCCCAUUUGGUUGUAUGCGAUUGUGGGGGACGAAGUGACUUGGAGGGGGAAAAGAUACCAGGUGCUUCGAAACGGUGAGGUGCGGAGAUUGGGACAAGGGGAGGGUGGAUUUUGGACACAUUUCAUGUGGAAGCGUGGAAAUGCUACAAGUAGUUACGAGCCAUUGGGACUUAACGAAUGAACCUGGAGAGGGACUGUAUGUGCUGGAUUCACUGCAAUCUAUUUAUUUAAUAUGUCCGUGG